UGAAAAUGAGGCCAUGCGGAGCCGCAAAGGCCCUUCAGAAGAAGGAGCUGGUGACAGGGUCCAGGGUCCCCUUUCUCCUCCCUUUCUCUCCCAUCUGGGGGAAGAGUCUUACUUGGCUACGGAGGAGAGCAGGGAUGAGAAAGCGCCGUGAGACUCUGCGUGGCCUCCGCAAUAACAAACCUGCAUAACCAGGAGAGACGGAACCUGUAACCCGGCAUCCUUGCAGGCGGCGUCCUCCUGCCCACGUUCAGGUUUUUCUGGUCCUAGCUGGAGCGCGCACUUGCGGGCGUAAACAAACGCGCUCUCUGCAGCCCGCGUCAGCCAGCCGGGCUAUUUAAGCAGGCCGGCCUGGCAUCAGCAAACGCGGCUUCCAAACGCUCGCUGGGCUCGCCUUGGCGCUUCUACCCCCGGGACCAUGUCGGCGGAGACGGCGAGCGGCCCCACCGAGGACCAGGUGGAGAUCCUGGAGUACAACUUCUGCAAGGUCAACAGGCACCCGGACCCCGCCACGCUGUGCCUCAUCGCCGCCGAGGCCGGCCUUUCCGAGGAGGAGACCCAGAAAUGGUUUAAGCAGCGUCUGGCCCAGUGGCGGCAGUCGGAAGGCCUGCCCUCGGAGUGCAGGUCUGUUACAGACUGAGGACACAGCGGCGUUGGCAGCGGGGCCAGGAAGACCAUCUGCUGACUCUCUCCUCACCUCGAGCUGUGGAUUUUCACGGCGGCAUCGCCUGUCCCAUUGUUAGCUGUCCUGCUAUUUAACACAGUGCUGUAUUUUUUUAAUGUACAUAACUAGAAGAGAAAAUGAGUAGCUUCUGUGCAGAGCUCCGGCUUGGCUGGGGAGGUGGGUGCCUUGCAUUUCCCUUUGGGCCAUGGUGACAAAUGAGGCAGCAGCCACCUAAGUUUGCUUUUGACCAUUGUCUCCCCAAAACGAUUUGCUUUCACCAUCCAUUGAGAGCAAGCAAGGCCUCCGUUGAAAAGCUACCAUGACAGACAGGGGAAAACAUUUCCUUCCGAAUCUUCUAGUCAUGGUUCCCAAAGUCGUUUUCCUUAUGUUUCACUGAAUCCCUGGAUGGUUAAGUGAGUGCAGAGGGUACUUGAGCCAUUGGAAUUCCAUAAAACAGUGCCUUGGUUUAUGGCUGCAGCAUCCAGGAAAAUACUCAGGCUAGAAGACAGAAAUUCCAACUGGCAGGAAAGCAAGCGACUAAGAAGAGUCACAGAAUCUUUUGAAUUUAUUUUAUUUAAACGUACUUGUGAAAUGUAUUUUGCUAAAUACAACGAACUGCUUUUGUCUCUGAAAUGAUCAUUCUAAAUAAAACCUUAACUUUUUGCUGAAAA